AUGACGACGAGCACCGGUAGUGCAAAAUCGGUCGGACAACAACAAACUGUCCGACACGUUACCGAUAUUAUCGGUGAAUGGGGUCUAUGGCAGCUAAAUAUUGUUGUGUUUUCAAUUAGUUUGCAAUUGUUUUUGAUUUGGCAUACGCUUAGCGUAUCGUUUUAUGCACCCACCAUUAGCUACUGGUGCUCAGACAAUAGUACUGAUGCUGGUCUAGGCAACAAUCAGACACUAACAUUAGAUGAUUAUUGUCUGAAUGGUUGCCAAAACUGGACGUUUGAUAAAUCAGUAUUCAAAUCGACAAUCAUUGAUGAGUUUCAUCUGAUAUGCGAUAGACAAGGAUUGGCAUCACUCAGCCAAUCGAUGUAUAUGUUAGGCUGGGCACUGGGAGGUAUUAUAUUUGGUAUACUAUCCGACCGAUUCGGCCGAAUACCGGUACUAUGGAUAACAGUUAUAUUGGAGAUAAUGGCCGCCACUUCCAGUGCACUGGCCGUUAAUGUUACACAUUUUAUGAUAUCCCGUUUUGUAUUGGGAAUGGCUACUGAGGGCAGUUAUUUGACGGCAUUUAUUUUGGUUGCCGAAUGUGUUGGACCUAAAUAUAGGGCCGCAUUGGGUAUGAUCUUCCAGUUUGGUUGGGCUGUCGGCUAUUGUCUAUUACCGGCCAUUUCCUAUAUGCUGCCAAACUUUCGACAUAUGAUAUUAGCCAAAACUUUGCCGCAAAUCUUAUGGCUAGUUUGGCUGAUAUUCAUACCCGAAUCGCCCCGUUGGCUGUUAACACACGAAAAAUGGGAUCGAUUGGACAGGCAGUUGAAACAGGCCGUCCAAAUGAAUUCAUUGCCGGCCAAUGAUUUGGAUAGUCAGUUGAAAUCGUUGAAAAAUUCAUAUAUAAUUGAACAACAAAUUACUGGCCAAAACAAUAACGGCAACAAUAGUAGCAAUAAUAAGACAAACUAUUGGGAUCUAUUUAGAUGGCCUAACCUCCGGAGGACAACCCUAAUCAUGUACUUUACAUGGUUUGUCAAUGCAUUUGUCUAUUACGGUAUAUCGCUGAACAUCGGCGACUUUGGCGGCAAUCUGUUCAUCAAUUUUCUGAUCGCCGGUUUGCUAGAGUUUCCCAGUUUUCUAUUGCCGACACUAGCCUUCAAAUUUCUAGGCCGUCGGCCACUGAAUGCUACGCUAAUGUAUUUGAGUGGACUGUCCUGUUUGGCAGUCAUACCGUUUAUGACCAUCGAUAGUGUCUGGCCGCGUGUGACCAUUGCUAUGAUCGGCAAAUUUUUUAUUACCUGCUCGUAUAAUAUUGUCUACGUUUAUGCGGCCGAAGUCUAUCCGACUGUCCUCCGGCAGAUGGGUGUCGGCACGUGUUCAGUGGUCGCACGUGUGGGCUCUAUGUUAGCACCGUUUGUCAAAGAUGUGAAUAUCUAUACGGGUAUGAGUGUAGUACUGGCCGUUUUCGGUGGUCUGUCCAUUGCCGACGGUGUGGCCAUACAUUUUCUGCCCGAAACUCGGGGCAAACAAAUUGCCGAUACUAUCCAAGAAGCCGAACAACUUAAUAGAUGGACUAAAAACAAAAAUAAUAAUAAAGAUAACUUAAAAGUUAAUAAUAAUAAUAAU